AUGGCGGAAAAGGUCCUGAUGAACGAGUACAAGGCUCUGUCGAAAGAGUCCUGGACGAACAUCUCGCUCAUUAACGACAACGUCUUCGAGUGGAGCGUCGCCCUCAUCGUCCUCAACCCGGACUCCCUCUACUACGGCGGCUACUUCAAGGCUACCAUGAAGUUCGGUCCCAACUACCCAUACGAGCCACCGGACUUCCGCUUCAACCGCCCGCUGUGGCACCCAAACGUCUACCCCGACGGCCGUCUCUGCAUCAGCAUCCUCCAUCAACCGGGCGAAGACGUCAUGAGCGGCGAGGCGGCAGGCGAGCGUUGGAGCCCCGUGCAGCGUGUGGAGAGCGUGCUCAUCUCUGUGCUGAGUCUGCUAGAUGACGCGGAGGUGUCAAGCCCGGCGAACGUGGAUGCAGGGGUGCAGUUGAGGAUGGACCCGAAGGCUUACCAAGAGCGCGUGCGUCAGGAUCGCGACAAGAGCAAGGAGGACAUCCCGGCCGACUUCACUAUGCCAACCCACGAGACUGCGUUUCGCAAGGAGGAGAAGGUGGUUGAUGACUUCAGCUGGAGCGACAGUGAGGCCGAGGACGACUUCAACAGCGAUGGCAGUGACGUGGACGAGGACAUGUUCGAGGAUGGGGGUGAUGAUACGGACCCGGAUGUCGACGAGGAGUUAUGA